AUGAUAUCAUCAAUUGAAUCAUUUUCAAGUGAAAUUUUAUUUGAAAUAUUUGAAUAUUUAUUUCCAUAUGAAUUAUUUAAAUUAUUUAUUAAUCUUAAUUAUCGUAUUAAUAAUAUUGUUCAUUCAUAUCCACUUCAUUUAGAUUUUUCUUUAGUAUCUCGAUUAGAAUUUGAUUAUAUAUAUGUUGUUGUACCAUUUGAAACUCUUAAACAAUGUGUUAUUAAUUUAUAUAAAUUAACACAUAUAACUAUUCAAGCAAGUGUCCCACCAAAUCAUCGUUUUACACAAGUUAUAUCAUUAAUACUUUCUGGUUCAAUACUUAUGUCAUUAGAUAUUCUUAAAACAAUAAUUGAUUUAAAUCAAAUUGAAACAUUAGAUGUUUAUUCAAUUGAAUCUUUAUCAAUAAAUGGAUUUUAUGAAUUAAUAAAACAUCUUCCUCGAUUAAAUGAACUUACAAUGGAAUUUAAUCCAUUAGUUGUUGUACCAUUACAAAUUCAUAUUCUUAGAUUAGAAGAUGAUAGUCGAAGAAUAACUAUUGAUACUCUUUAUCAUACAAUACAAAAUGUUAAAACUCUUGAAAUUCCAAGAAAUUCAAGAAAUAUGAUGAUUGAUAUUAUAGAUCAACUUAAAAAUCUUGAUAAUAUUAUGUUUACACAUGAUGAAUUUUCUCAAGAUGCAGAUACGGAUUUCUUCCUUAAGAAAUUAUCUUUUCGUUGGCCUCUUCAUUCUUUUCAUGUUUGUAAUUUCCAUCAAACUAGCAGUGCAAAUGAGCCUAUAUCAAUUCCAUACUAA